AUGUCCUCCACAUCCCACGCCCCACCAGCAGCACCCAUACCGGCACCCAGCCACUCACACCACCGCCCAUCCUCCUCCUCCUCCUCCUCCGCCACGACCCGCCGCCAACGCGCCCAAGCCCUCGCCCGGCAAGAACUGCAGCUUCUGGCCCGCCUCCGCCCGGACGCGCGCGUGGAGUUGGAUGAGAGUUCGAGAGUGAGGGAUGUGAAGGAGGUUAGGAGGUUGAUACGGGCUGUUGUGGGCAGGAAGGAUCGGGAUGGGGAAGUGGAUGUGAAUGUGAAGGCGCGUGUGAGAGGAGGAGAGGAGGAACGGCGAGGGAGGGGGGACGAGACUGCCGCCGGGAACGACAAAGCGGGCAUCAAAGAUGAAGAUGCGCAUGGGGAUACUCACUGUCCCUCAACGGCACCGACCCCGGACCCGACUGCAGCACUUUUAGAACCGGUCUCAGAGCCCCCGUCAGAACUACCAACGCCCCCUACACAAGCAACUCCAGCACCGUCCGCAACCCUCCCCUCUCAAACGACCCGAAGCACACCGGACCUGAUCCCGCCCGAGCUGCAGAAACGGGUGUCUCCGCCGAAUGUACCGCCGUUGCUGUACCCGCCGAGCUCGCCGGAGACCCGGAAUAAGGAGUUGCAGGUGGAUCUUGAUCGGGAGUAUCCAUCGCAGAGCGAAAAGCCGGCUCGGCCAGCGGUCACAAAAAUCAUGUAUGCACGGAAUGAACGUCGCGGGCGGGAUGGUGGUCGACCAUUACCAGCGUUGCCCACUCGUGCGCGGCCUGUGAGCAAAGAGGCAUGGAUAGAACCUGAGCGGCAACUGAGGGCCAAGGCGCCCCGAGUGGCUAAACGCGUCAAAACCCCACCACCCUCCCAACCCCCCCAAUCAACUCAACGCGCGAAGCGCCCUCCACCACCCCACCACCAGCCACCGCCGUCCGGCUUUUACAUCGCCAAACCCGGCAGCACGCUAAUGGUCUCCAAAACCGGCCUAAAAAUGCGCGACCGCAACGCUGAUGUCGAGACGACGCGGUUGUUGCAGCAGAGGGAUGAACGUCUCGUGCAGCUGCAUGCGCGGAUGCUGUUGGAUGUGGAGAGGGAGAGGGAGGAGGUUGAGUGGAAGAGGCGGAGGGCUGAGGGUGGGCGGAGGAGGGCUGCGAAGAAACAGCAAACUGGACAGCAGGACGCUAAAAGCAACCCAAACCAACACCAAGAUCUGCGCACACGCGCCAUCAACCAAGACUGGGAACGUUUCCUUUCCAGCUUGAACAAACCUGUCAAGAAGAAACGGGCCGGACCACCACCAGCCCCGGCAUCGGGGCGGAGCGCGAACGCGUCGCUGAUGCAGUCUAUGAAAGCGAUCGUUGCGGCGUUGAAGGCUGCGGAGAAGGAAAAUGUUCCUGCGGAGGCGAUUUUCGGCGUUGUUCAAGGGAGUGAAUUUGAAGGGGGGAUGAGGUCGAAACAGCAUAUAUUUGAGCCGUGUAGGGGGCGAGCGGAAGCGUCGCCUGUGCCGGAUACCAUUCCCAUCGGGGUACAAACAGAACCCGCGAUUACAAACCCAGGGCAGGACGAGAGCAAUGAAGCACAACCCCAAAGGGCACAACCCCAGCAACACAGUACCGCAGUCGUAGCACCCAAACCCGCGGAUCAAACGAAAGACCCCACUGCGGGUGCCGAUACAUCAUCGUUGCGUCGCGUGCUUGAGCUGCUGCACAAAGUCGAAGCGGAAGGAAGUCGGCUUCUCAGGGGCCUUGCCGAGCAUGAUCCCCCACCAACAUUUCCAUUGGACACAGAUGCAUCCUCACCGGCGGUCGACGCUGCAGCUUCCCAGCCUGUCCCGACGCAAACCCCGCCACCUUCCCAACCACCACCGCCACUGCUUCUCACCCUCCCACUAGCCACACUCAAGCAGAUUAAAACCGGUCAAGCGCGGUUCCUCGCAUACCAGCGCGCCAUCCUCGCCGGCGAUCUCUUCGACCCCACCGCCGCGUCUGCUACUAGUGGGAAGCGAAUGGGCCGGGAUGUCGUUGAUGGCCCCUUGGAUCCGUGGGAUGCGCUGGAUAGUAUUGCGGAUGAGAUCCUGGACGAUGUGAUUGGGGAUAAUGCGAAUGAGUUUCAUGGGUUGGCGGAUGAGUUUGUGGAUAGGUUGUUUGAUGAGGAGUUUUUGCCUGCUUGA